AUGGCGGCUCAGGUCGUCCUGGCACUGGGUGGAGGGACUGAAAGGGGGGUGGACGUGGCGGAUCCUGGGGAGGAAACUCCCAUAACCAAGAGCACAGAGGCGGAGGAGACCCACAGGGCCCACCAUUUCGUGUUGAUCGAGUCUUUCUUCCCAUCAGUUCGGAACAGAGGAGAGACAGAUGUGUUCCGAGCCUGGGAUGGGUAUGUGGAGCCUUUUGUAGAUGGAAGUUUAUCUAGGGAGAGUGGCCACUGUCCCACCCACACCAGGGGGCUCUGGAGCCAUCGGCAGGAACAAUGGCCUUUAGGAUUGGCGGUGCGGAUUCGUGAGGGGAACGGAAGCCUCCUGCCCCGAGGUCCCCGCACAGCGAUCUGCAAACACAUCAAAGAACACACACUGGAGCACAACCCUCUAGAUGUAAGCAAUGUGGGCAAUGCUAUGGGUUUAAACAAUGUGAUAAAGUUGUCACUUGUUCCACCGAUCUUUAUAGUCAUAUUAGAACUUACACUGGAGAUGUAUCUUAAGCAGGACAUUCUCAUUUCUCCCAAGAGUCUAUUUGAUUCCUCUGAGACCCCCAGACCAAGUGCACUGCAGUACGCAAGGCCUACGGCUCGGAGGUCUGAAGAAACCAGCCAAAAUCAAACAGCUGCAGCAAAUCAACUACGGCAAGAAUACCAGCAGAAUUGUCCUGCAAGUGGACCUGCACAAUCUAACACAAAGAAGAAAACUGUCAAGGGCCAUCAUCCCAAGAGAAACACCACUGGGUAUGGUCAAUCAACUAAGCGUAGAGCCAAAGGGCACGCCUCCCCUGAGGCUGCCCUGCCUUCGUGCAGCUCGAGAGCUUCCUGGGUGGAGAGUGUCAUAGCUCCCAAUAGCAUCGAGGAUCUGAGGAGGCACUACCAAUCCCUCAUGCUUACCCUGCACUGCAGCAAGUUACAAAACCAACAGCUCUCCAGUGAGAUCCACCAACUGAAGGCGGAAAAGAAACUCCUGCAGCAUCGACAACAAAAAGAGAAUUGGAGGAGAGCCCAAGAGAAAGAAGCAAUGCAAAAAGAACUGGAAGCCCACAAGGUAACGAUACAGAUGUUGGUUGAAGAAGAACGCAAUUUACACUGUGCCCUGGCCCGCAUGCAGCAAGUGUUUAAUGAGAGAAAAAGGGAGCAGGAAGGGGUCACCAGCCGCCGGCAGGCUGCACCGCAGCAAGUUGCAGAGCAAGACAUAGCCUUGAACCAAGUCACCACCCAACAGGAUGACACUCAAAAGAACAAUCCACAGCUCAUCCAAGACCAGAAACAGAGCAGGAGUGGUGAUUUGGAGGAAAUCAACAGCGAAUUGCAAAGAAAGCUGCAAGUCCUCUGCACCCAGAAGCUCAACAUGCAAAACAGAAUUCACAAGCUCCAAAAAGCCGCAGAGGAGCGGGCAGUGCUGAAAAGGCAAGUGGACAACCUGAGAAGGCUGGUGAUGGCCAUGAGGUCAGAAAGGGACAACUUUGCCAUAUACCUGAGGAGGGAGAGGGCCAUGUGCGAGGACAUGAUCCAGCAGCAAUCCCAAGAGAUGAAGCAUCUUAGAGAGGAGAGAGAGAGAGGGCAGAGGCAGGUGUUGGAGCUGGAGGUCAACCUGGAGGAGGUUAGAAAACAACUGGCAGAGCUGCAGGCACCCGCAGGACCAGCUCAGGCUGAGCAACAGCUGCAGGCCCAGGCCUUGCAGAUGCAGGAGGAGGUCAAGGACCUGAAGCAACAGCUUCACUUGCAGGUACAGGAAAACCACAGCCUCCGUCUCCAGAACCUGGAGCAACAGGAGCGGCUGUGUAGACUGGAACAGGCAGCCCAGGAACCCGUUCCUAGGCCUGCCGAGGAUCGGCACAAGACAAAGGACACAGAGAGAUGCACACAUGUGCAAGACGGAGAGAUCGAAGAUCCACUGCUGCAGCUGCAGGAUGCUUUCCACCAGCUGAGCGGUGAGAAGGAGGAGCUCGCCAGCGCGCUGAGCUCAGAACAGCACCUGAAGGAACAGCUGCAGGAGAAGCUGAAGCAGCAAGAGAACAAUCUGCAAAAGUGGAAAGAGGAGGCUGAGAGGGCGAGCUUCUUGGCUCAGGAGGGGCAGAAGCUGCAGGGCCAGUAUCGGAUCCAGCUGCAGAAACUCAGAGACACCUGCGAUCGGCACACAUUCUCCAAUUGGAAGCUGAGGACAGAAAACGAUGCCCUGCAGGAGCAACUGCAGAUGCAGAACCAGCUGCUGGAGCAGCUGAAGCAGGAGCAAGAACAGAGCAAGUUGCUGGCCCAGAUGGAAAGGGAACAGUUACAGGACACUCUCAAGUGUCUAGAAGCAGCAAGGCAAGAGAAGGAGCAACUGCAGGCCCAGCUGAGUGGCCUGGCGUUCCCUCCAGAAGGCCAAGCAUACCAGACCAAGCUGGAUCAAGAGGCCCUCUUACCCAGAGCGAGGACCCACGGCUUGUUUGGGAAGAGGAAGCAGGACACACAGGGGCUCAAGAGGGAGCUGCAACUCUGCUUCAGUCCCGACCUGCCUGACACGGUGGACUUCCAGAGUGGAGUGGAUGACCUGCGACAGCAAUGCAGCCAGCUAUCAGAUCACAUUACCGCCAUCGAAAAGUCCAUUGUGGCCUGCAAAGAGCAGAUGGAAGAUCUGGAGACCCUGCUAAAGGAGAAAGAUGAACAUGUCGACCUGCUGUCCCAGGAGAAGCAGCAGAAGAAGAAGGAGCUGCAGGAGCUGCUGUUGCGUCUUGCAGCUGAAGGCCUGGAGGGCCAGGACAAGAUGCAGGCCGACACCGAGGCCCCUUCUGCUGACACCACUUCAGACUUGGCAGGCCCCAUGAAGACUGAAUGUAGCGAGGAGCACGACGGUCUUGAGGAAAUCCCACUCGAUGAAGACGUGGAACCUUCCACGGCAGGGCCUGCGGUUCAGUGCCCCCUAGAGGACUCCACCACACACGUUGGGGGCUUGGGGAAUGAACGCCCCAUCCCGUUCUGGUCCAGACUUUUGAAUUUUGUUAAGCAAUCAUAG